AUGGAGCGACCUUGCGACUGCGCGGGCUGCUCGCCCUGCCGCUGCUCACCGUGCCGGUGCGCGAAGAGCGAGGACCUUGAGACUCCGUCGACGGACGCCUCGCAGGCCUCUCCCUCCUCUUCUUCUUCCUCUUCUGCGGCGUCGCCUCUCUGCGGUGGUGCGCCGGCCUCCACGGAGGAGAAGAUGAGGGCGUUCCUGACCAAGCACGGCGUCGCGGACUUCUCGAUUGUGCAAGUGCCGUCGCACUACUACGGUAUCUCCCUCGAGGAACGCAGAGCGAUGCUCAACGCCCCCUCCAUCGCGCACCUCUGCAAAACUGUCGUCCUCGAGAACACCAAACACAUCGGAGUGGACGACAAGCUAAACAGCAAGUACUACAUGGUCGUGGUUCAGUACAUUCGAAAAGUCAACGGGGAGCGCGUGAAGGACCUCAUCAAACAAGUCAACGCAGACCGGGGCUUGAAGCUGGGGAACAAGAAGCUGAACUUCAACUUCUGCAGGACGAGCGCCGAGCUGACGGGCUUUGUAUACAACGCCAUCACGCCGUUCGCCUCAAAGACCGAGAUUCCGGUGAUUGUCGACGCGCCGCUGCUCGCGCUGCAGCCGCCGCUGCUGUGGCUGGGGGGCGGCGAAGUCGACCUCAAGCUCCGCGUCAGCUUAGCCGACCUCAUGCGCAUCUACGACCCUCUCGUCGGCUCUGUCUGCUUCGAACAAGACGAGGGCGACGGCGAGGGAGGGAAGGGCGAGGGCGAGGCGGAUCUCGCGCGGCCCGCUGAGCAGAAAGGCGAGUCUGAGGCCGCCGCGGGGGCGAAGCGCGAGGCUGAAGCGUAG